AUGGAAAUGUUUCCAUUUCUUGAUAUUCUUUUACGUUUAUAUGCGAAUAAAUACGAACACUCGAGAGAAAAAUUGAUUGUUUUAGUUCAUUGGACUUUUUUAAGUAGAAAUUUUUUAAUUGUGAAGGACCAUGGAAAUAAGGAAAUUAUUGAUUGGAUAAAAAAUGAAGAUAAUUCAAUAGAUAUUAAUUAUUUUCAAGAUGGUUUGGAUGAAAAUAAUGAAUUACUUUUGCAAAUAUCAUUAAAUGAUCAUAUUAAUGAUAAUGACGGAUCAUUGAAAGAUAUUGAUGGAUUUAUAAUAAAAAUCAACAAUGAAAUUCAUGGAUGUUCACAACAAAAACAACAAAUCGAUAAAAAUAACGAAAAAUAA